AUGGACGGAUCCUCACUACCCAUCGUCGUAGCUCACGGCGAAGGUCGCGCAUCCUUCGCAAUGACCCAGAACGUCACCGCACAGGACUUUGUCAGACACAACCUUGCCCCCGUUCGCUAUGUGGACAAUGUCACACUCAAACCCACAAUGACAUACCCCUACAAUCCCAACGGUAGUCCCGAGGGUAUCGCCGGUAUCAGAUCGCCCGACGGUCGUGUGUUGGCUAUUAUGCCUCAUCCUGAACGUACUGUUCUUGGCGGUGUUGCUAGUUGGUUGCCCGCCGAUGCGGAGAAAUGGGGCGAUGUUGGCCCUUGGGGACGUAUCUUUUAUAGUGCUCGCAGAUGGGUUGGUUAG